AAAGUUCCCCGUACGUGCGCCGUACGUGGGCGCGGUGCCCUAGCGCUCAGCGUUUCAGCGAGUGAGUGGGCUCCUUGCCGAGUUGAAGUCUGGGAGGGGCACUUUUCCAGGCCAUCGCGGCUCCCCCUGGCGGCAGACGUGCCGCGCUGGAGGGGCGCAGUCAGGCGUUCUCCGCGGGCAGCCGGCGGCGGGGCCUUGCCUUAGAGCGCGGGGUCCUCGGCGGCCUGGGUGGCUACUGCCCCUGCUGCUGUCGUAGGCGAGGACGGCUGUUAGUGCUGCUGCUGUUGGUUCGUCGCGGCGGCGAAGGAGGAGGAGGAAGAGGGCGAGGCGACAGGGGAAGAAGGAGGCAGGCGCGGCGGCAGCGGCGGCGCCCCGGGCCGGCGGAGGCGAGGGGGGGGGAAGAUGGCGGACGUGCUUAGCGUCUUGCGACAGUACAACAUCCAGAAGAAGGAGAUUGUGGUGAAGGGAGACGAAGUGAUCUUCGGGGAGUUCUCCUGGCCCAAGAAUGUGAAGACCAACUAUGUAGUUUGGGGGACUGGAAAGGAAGGCCAACCCAGAGAGUACUACACAUUGGAUUCCAUUUUAUUUCUACUUAAUAAUGUGCACCUUUCUCAUCCUGUUUAUGUCCGACGUGCAGCUACUGAAAAUAUUCCUGUGGUUAGAAGACCUGAUCGAAAAGAUCUACUUGGAUAUCUCAAUGGUGAAGCGUCAACAUCGGCAAGUAUAGACAGAAGCGCUCCCUUAGAAAUAGGUCUUCAGCGAUCUACUCAAGUCAAACGAGCUGCAGAUGAAGUUUUAGCAGAAGCAAAGAAACCACGAAUUGAGGAUGAAGAGUGUGUGCGCCUUGAUAAAGAGAGAUUGGCUGCCCGUUUGGAGGGUCACAAAGAAGGGAUUGUACAGACCGAACAGAUUAGGUCUUUGUCUGAAGCUAUGUCAGUGGAAAAAAUUGCUGCAAUCAAAGCCAAAAUUAUGGCUAAGAAAAGGUCUACUAUCAAGACUGAUCUAGAUGAUGACAUAACUGCCCUUAAACAGAGGAGUUUUGUGGAUGCUGAGGUAGAUGUGACCCGAGAUAUUGUCAGCAGAGAGAGAGUAUGGAGGACACGAACCACCAUCUUACAAAGCACAGGAAAGAAUUUUUCCAAGAACAUUUUUGCAAUUCUUCAAUCUGUAAAAGCCAGAGAAGAAGGGCGUGCACCUGAACAGCGACCAGCCCCAAAUGCAGCACCUGUGGAUCCUACUUUGCGCACCAAACAGCCUAUCCCAGCUGCCUAUAACAGAUACGAUCAGGAAAGAUUCAAAGGAAAAGAAGAAACGGAAGGCUUCAAAAUUGACACUAUGGGAACCUACCAUGGUAUGACACUGAAAUCUGUAACGGAGGGUGCAUCUGCACGGAAGACUCAGACUCCUGCAGCCCAGCCAGUACCAAGACCAGUUUCUCAAGCAAGACCUCCCCCAAAUCAGAAGAAAGGAUCUCGAACACCCAUUAUCAUAAUUCCUGCAGCUACCACCUCUUUAAUAACCAUGCUUAAUGCAAAAGACCUUCUACAGGACCUGAAAUUUGUCCCAUCAGAUGAAAAGAAGAAACAAGGUUGUCAACGAGAAAAUGAAACUCUAAUACAAAGAAGAAAAGACCAGAUGCAACCAGGGGGCACUGCAAUUAGUGUCACAGUACCUUAUAGAGUAGUAGACCAGCCCCUUAAACUUAUGCCUCAAGACUGGCCUCUCUUUUUCCUGAGACACUGCAGUAUUGAAAUUAAGCCAAUUAAUAACCCUACCGUGACCUCCGAGUGUUUAAAUGAAAGGAAGAGUUGCAUAUCUCUCAUUUUAAACCAAAAGUUAGACAUGAUUAAGCUUAGUAAGGAAGGCAUGUCAAAAGCUAAGACAGGCCAAAAGCUAGGCCUGUUAUGCCAAACAGUUAGCUAAGUUGUGAAUGCAAAGGAAAACUUCUUCAGGGAAAUUAAGUCUUACUUCAGUCAACACACAAAUAAUAAGAAAGCAAAGCAACCUUAUUGCUGAUAUGGGGAAAGCUUGGUUGGUAUGGAAAGCAGAUCAAACCAGCCAUAAUAUUCUGCUAAGCCAAAGCCUGAUCCUGAGCAAUGCCCUAACUCUCUUCAGUUCUAUAAGACUGAGAGAGGACAGAAUUCUGCAGAAGAGAAGUUGGAAGGUAGCAGUGGAUGGUUCAUGGAUUUAAGGAAGUAAGCCAUCUCUAUAACAAAGAAGUGUAAGGUGAAGCAGCAAGUGCUGAUAUAGAAGCUGCAGCAAGUUAUCCAGAAGAUAUGGCAAACAUUAUUGAUGAAGUUGACUACACUAAACAACACAUUUUCAUUGUAGAUGAAACAGCCUGUUAUUGGAGGAAGAUCCCAUCUGGUACUUUUAUAGUUGCGGAGAAGUCUGCUUUGGCUUCAAGACAUCAGAGGACAGACUGACUUUUUGGUUAGGGGCUAAUACAGCUGGGGACUUUGAGUUGCAACCAUUGGUAACUUACCAUUCUAAAUAUCUUAGGGCCGCUAAGAAUUAAGCUAAGUCUACUCUGCCUGUGCUUUAGAAAUGGAACAACAAAGCGUGAAUGUCAGCACAUCUGUUUACAGCAGGGUUCAGUGAAUAUUUUAAACCCAUGUUGAGACCUACUGCUCAGAAAGAAAGAUUCCUUUCAAAAUAUUAGUGCUGAAUGACAGUAUACUUAGUCACCCAAGAGCUCUGAUGGUGUUCAAGGAGACGAAUGUUGUUUUCAUGAUUACUAACACAUCUAUUCUUUAGCCCAUAGAUCAAGGAGUAAUUUAGACUUUUCAGGAUUUAUUAUUUAAGAAAUGAGUUUUGUAAGGCUGUAGCUGCUAUAUAUAGUGAUUCCUCUGAUGGAUCAGGGAAAAGUAAAUUGAAGCUUUUCUAGAUAAGAUUUACCAUUCUAGAUGCCAUUAAGAACAUUUGUGAUUAAUAGGAGGAAGUCAAAAUAUUAACAUAACCAGAGUUUAGAAGAAGUUGAUUCCUACCUUCAUGGUUCAUAGAUGACUUUGAGGGGUUUAAGACUUCAGUGGAGGAGAUAAAAAUAGGGUGUGGAAAUAGCAAGUGAACUAGCAUUAGAAGUGGAGCUUGAAGAUGUGACUGAAAUGCUGCACUCUUAUGCUGGAACUUGAAUGGAUGAGGAGUUCCUUCUUACAGAUGAACAAAGAAAGUGGUUUUUUUGAGAUGGAAUUCACUCCAGUGAGCACUUUUGUGAAAAUGCUGUAAACAUUGUUGAAAUGACAUCAAAGGAUUUAGAACAUGACAUAAAGCAUCAGAAUUUGAGAGGAUUAACUCCAAUUUUAAAGGAAGUUCUUCUGUAAGUAAAAUGCUGUCAAAUAUUAUCCCAUACUUCAGAGAAAUCUUUUGUGAAAGGCAGAGUCAAUCAGUGCAGCAAACUUCAUUGUUGUCUUACUUUCAGAAAUCGCUAUAGCCACCCUAACCUUCAUCAACCACCACACCCUAUUCAGUCAAUGGCCAUCAACAUUGAGGCAUAAUCCUACACCAGCAAAAAAAUUAGGACUUGCCAAAGGCUCAGAUUGUUAGCUUUUUUUUUUUAGCAAGAAAGUACAUUUUAAUUAAGGCAUGUACAUUGUUUUUUAGACAUAAUGCUAUUGCACACUUCAUAUAGACUCUGAUAUGGUGUUAAUGUAACUUUUAUAUGCAAUGAGGUAGGAAAUAUGUGUAACUCACUGUAUUAUGAUACUUACUUUAUUGCGGUGGUCUGGAACUGAACCCACAAUAUCUCCAAGGUAUGGUUGCACUCUUGUAUUUCUGUGAUAACCUCCCACCCUUAUAGUCUUUUCUUAUUGUCCUUCACUGGACCAUGUGUAUUUUAUCUUACCUUAUUCCUCAUUUUAGUCUCCAGUGGCUGGCAUGUAUAAACCCUGAAUGUUUUUAAAGAUAAUAUUUUAAAAGAUCACUUUAGUUAUAAUGUGGCUUCAGUUGAUAGAAGAAAGUUUUUUUUUUUGGUUUUUUUUUUUAAAUUUUGAAUAAAAAAAUGAUUACUUCUCUCCACCCCCUCUGUAGUUAAAGCCUUCCAUCUGAAGUAUGAUGAAGUUCGUCUGGAUCCAAAUGUUCAGAAAUGGGAUGUAACAGUGUUAGAACUCAGCUAUCACAAACGUCAUUUGGAUAGACCAGUGUUCUUACGAUUUUGGGAAACAUUGGACAGGUACAUGGUAAAGCAUAAAUCCCACUUGAGAUUCUGAAUUGUUUGGCUCCUCCAUUUCUGGAAAUUGAGACUCAAGCUUUAUGAAUUUAUCAAGAACUUAAAAAUGAAGAAGGUCACAGAUUGAUCUUUUAUAAGACCUUAUUUGAUGCUUUGUGCUUCAAGGAGAUGAUGCCUGUCAUCCAUAUAAGCAAACUUUUUGGCUUACAACUAUUUUUUUAAUAUUAGCCUUCUAGUCUGUAAUGGAAAUUGUAUAUUUUGAUAGAAGUUUUUUCUCCAUUGGUUAAAUUAGCAUUACUUAAAAUUUGUUUUAGAAAAUAAAUGCAGGUUAUAAAUGUGUGUAUAUUUAGAGAUUAUAAGGCUCUCUGAGCCAUCUUCUGAUUUUUCAUUGCUCUAUAAUUCUUUUUACUAAAAAUACUAUGUUGUGAAUGGUAUUAAAUUUUAGUCUCUGGAACAUCCAAAACCAAGCAAAGGGAUGUGACUAUUUUGAAUGAAUCAAAAUGUCAAAACCUGUAUGUACACUAUAUCUACACUUACUCUUUAUUUAAAAAGAAUGAUGAAAAAUCAAGAACAAUUCUUCAAUUUGAACUGUUCAGCCUUUCCAAGAUUUCUUUAUUUACAAAUGAUUACAUUUAAAUGAAUGCACAUUCUCACUGACUUUGGUGAUUUUGAAACCUAGAAUGAUGUGUUUCUAUCUGUGAUAUCUUUCCAUUUGAAAAAAAUCUCAAAACACAGAUUAAAACCACAAUAGGCUGUAGUAUUUUUUAUUUUGGGAGCCAGAGUAUGAUUUGGGGAAAGAAUAUGUAUCAACCCUAUUGCAGUAUAACUUUAAGCUACUUUUUUCUUUAGUCCACCUUUGAUUCUAAUUUUUAUGGUAUAGGAUUUUGAAUCUUCUAUUUUAGGCUUGUCAGUCUUGGAGUUCUUAUCUUCCACUAUCCCUAAAUAUUGAUAAACUCCUAGGCACCAAAGAAAACAUUUGCUUAAUUGUCUGAAAAGAAACAAGAGAAAAACACUGGUAUUUUUAUGUGUGUAUUCAAUAUGGUGUAAAAUAUGAAAACUAUAUUUUAACUUAGUAAAAUAUUUUACUAUUUCUCUACUUUAGAUAAAAUGUUGCAUCCAAGGUACAUCAAGUGACCAUUUUCCUUGAACCUUUUUUUUUUUUUUUUAAACUUAAAAGCAACUAGGAAGCUUUGCUUUCCUAAACUGUUUUUGCCAUUGGAAUUUUUGCUGAUCACAGUCUUAUGUCAUUUUUUUCCUCCAUUUUUAUUCCCAGCAGUUUUCUCCAAGGUUAACAUAUUUUUGGUAAACAGGCCUUUCAUAGGUAUUAAGCUGACAUUAUCUAGCUUCUUAAUGAAAUUUAACACUGUCACAAAAAUGGGAAGUUACUAUUUUUUAAGUAGUCACAUAGUUCAUACCACUAGUAACUAGAAAAGAUGUUUAUUCACGUGGUAUUUACGAGGCUCUUCAGAAGAGAACAGUCAGCAUUUUAAAUUACUAGAUUUUAGCAUACUUACAAGGUUUGAACAGAUUCUACCCCUAUUUUCCUACCUUCUUAGCAUCUUCUUUCCUUAAAGAUAAAAGAAAAAUUUGUUCACAUUAGGCUUUCUUAGCAUAUAAAUCUGUUUCCAAAAUAAAUUACAUGUUGUGUAAACUUUCUCCAUGAUGAAAUAGUCAAGGACCAGAAUCUGUGAUAUUUUUAUGUAAGAUUACUUGUCAAGACUACUACAAGUCAAUAUGAACUACCUUCCCAUAAAGAUUUUUGGUAUUUGUACUUAUUUAUGAACUUUACUGGAUACGGAAUAUGGUUAAAAUUAGGAACAUCUACUUUGAACGAGGUUUAUUUUUCUAUUUUGAAUUUGCCUUAUGUAUAUUCAAAGGCUUAUGGAAAUACUGUAAAGGAACAUUAGGAAAAGGACAAAUAUGCUGUAACCAUCUAUCUUAAAAUCAGACCCUUAGUAUAAGUACCUCUUUUCUCUUUUUCUCUUUGAUAAUUUAGUCACUUAUUUAGGUCCAUGUGAUUAAUUUCAUUCCAUUAUUUUUUAGCUGUUUAUGCUAAAAAACAAAAAUUUUCAGCCAGUCCCUAUUUAUUCCCCCAUGCCAUGGUCCUAUAUAGCAGUACUUAACACAGUGCCUUGCACAUAGUAGGCAUUCAGUAAAUACUUAUAUGCAUGAAUGAAUAAUGUAUUUUCAGUGUAACAGAUUUAUUAUAAAAGUGUAGUUUGACUCUACUUUGUCUUGGAGUUUGAGAGUACAGAAUUACAGGUAAUGAAGAGAGGUAUAAGUAGAUAUUUUACUGGAAAUGAAGUAUAAAUUAAUGACUUGACUUACCCGUCCAUAAGUUACUGCUAACUGGAGAUACCCUUGUAUGCCCAACCUGUAAAGGAAAGUUCUAUUUCUAUACUCAUAGGACAUUCUUCUCAGUCAGGGAACAGUAAGAAAUAUGUAGGUUUCACUCAGUUGCUCUCAACCCUGACUGCAUGUUAGAAUCAUUUGGAGAGUUUUUAAAAAUACCUAUGCCUGAAUCUUGAUUCCCAUUUUCAUGUAAUUUGAGACAAGACCUGGUCAUCAGUAUUUUUUUUUUUAAGUUCUCCAGGUAAUUUGAAUGUGCAGGAAGGAUUCAGAAUCACUGGUUUAAUUUGUUAUUGAAAACAAUGCCAGUAUUAAAUGUGUUUCCUCUUCCUUCUUGUCUGUAUAUGUGUGUGGUUUUUGUUUUGUUGUUUUGUGACCACCCUUUGCACUAGACCAUCCCUGUUAUUGGUGGUAUUGGCCUGUAUUCCCAUUGACAAAUGCAAUUUUAAUUAUUUAUUUAAUAUAGAAGGAGUAUUUUACUGUUUAAUAUUUAAACAAUGUUUAAUGUAUUUCAUUAUUAACUAGUAUUGUAGUUUGUUUUUUUCCCAUGUCUCCAUAACCUUUACUAACAUUUGUUUUUAGCAGCACAACAGUAAUCCUUAUAGAAACAACUAAUUUAUAAUGAGGAAAAUCUCAUAAUUUUUAAGGCAGAAAGAAGUAUUAAUAUUUGAUCUGCCAUGCAGAAUGAGACAAAUACAGUUUGCUUAUGAAGGGAAAGUGGCGUACUUUUAAAUUGGUCUACACAGAAAAGUACAAGUAAACUAUUCAUUAAAAUAAGAUUCAUUAUCUAAUAAAUAUUGAAGGGAAUAUUUUUCCUAAAUAAAAAUUUUUGUGACUGCUAACAAAAA